AUGGCAGCAACCACAGCCAGACCUCGAGUCAUCUACUCAGAUAAUGGCCCCGAGUCGCCCUAUCCGUUGCGCAUGGAAGGCACCGUGAUAUCAGGAUUCGGACGAGGAUCGAAAGAGCUUGGUAUCCCGACCGCCAAUCUGCCCGUGGACUCGGAGCAGACGCCCUGGAUUGCCGAAUCGACUUCGGGCGUCUACUUUGGCUACGCCUCCCUCGCACUACCCGCCACACACCCGGACCGCUCGGCGGCGUCGUCCUCUUCCGACUUUCAAAUCUACCCCAUGGUCAUGUCCAUCGGGUACAACCCCUUUUACAAGAACACGGUGCGGUCGGCCGAGGUGCACGUGCUGCACAAGUUUGCCCAGGACUUUUAUGACGUACCCAUGCGCCUGCUCAUCCUUGGGUUUAUCCGCGAGGAGAAGGACUACAACGGCCUCGAGGCAUUGAUUGAGGAUAUCAACAUUGACUGCGACGUUGCCCGCCAGAGCCUGAGCCGCCAGGCGUGGACACCCAAGGAGGGCGUUGUUGGUGGAGGCACAGGUACGCUGGACGGGACUUGGCUCGUCAGGGCAUCAUGA